AUGGUUCGAAAACUCAAGCAUCACGAGCAGCGACUCCUUCGCAAAGUCGACCUACUCACCUACAAAUCCGAUUCAUCGAACCAUCGCGAGGCCGCAGUGCGACGGCGCUAUCAUCUUACUCAACCUCUGGACUACUCGAAGUACAACGCCCUUUGCGGCAGACUGCGACAGCUCGCACACCUACUCUCGAACCUCGAGCCAGACGAUGCAUACCGCAAGCAGACCGAAACUGUCAUGCUAGAAAAGCUCUUCCAGAUCGGCAUCCUGAAGCAGUCCAGGGAGCAGGGCGCCGGACUGUCCUCAGUAGAGAACGAUGUCACGGUCUCGGCGAUCUGUCGACGGCGGCUAGGCGUGCUCAUGGUUCGAAGUGGAAUGGUUGAAAAUAUCCAGACUGCACACAAAUUCAUCGAGCAGGGCCAUGUCCGAGUCGGCACAGAUGUUGUCACAGAUCCGGCGUAUCUCAUCUCGAGAGGGCAGGAAGAUUUCAUCACGUGGAGUGAGGGAAGCAAGAUUCAGCGACAGGUCGCCAACUAUCGGAACAAGCUGGAUGAUUUCGACCUCUUAUAG